AUGCAGAGACUCACCUUGAAGCAGGGCACCAGACGCAUCAUGAUGACCACGAGCUUGGUACAGCGCCAGGCGGCGGUGCUGGGCGCGCGGACCGUGUCCUACGACACGGGCGACAAGAAGGGCAGGGUCAUGUCGCUCGAGGAGGAGCAGCGGGUCGCGGCGCAGCAGUACAAGGACCAGCAGAAGCUCAGCCCCAAGCUCGACGACGAGACCGUGCGACGCUUUCACGAGCCCUGGCAGGGGGUCGAGAAGCGCGAAAGCGAAAUGGCCGACGUUGAAGGGAUGGGCCUCAGCGAGAGCGCCACGGAGGCGAUCGGGGAGGUGAUGGAGGGAGCCGUGCAAGCGCUCGAAGGGACGAUGCCCCUCAAGCGAAAGGGCGGGCCUGAGAUCAAGCCCUAA